AUGGUAUUGGCACCUUUACAAGUCGUCACUGACAAUCAAAAAGUCAAUCGGAUUGAAAAUUUUAAGAAGAGUAACAACAAUAAUUAUAUCAAUGAGGAUUAUAUUAAUAUUAAAAAUACAAGCAAAAUUUCUUAUAAUGAAAAUGACGUUGUACAAGUCAUAAAUAAAAAAGACAAUUUAAUUAAACAAAAUAAUGAGAAGUUGAAUAGGAAAAAGGAAAAAACAAAUUUAUUGUGCAAAACACCUCCAUCUGUAAUCAAGGAUAAUUCUAAGAAAUACUUUAGAAGAGAAUGCCUUGGCGAAGGCGGUUUUGCUCGUUGCUUUCAUAUAAAAGAUGAUGUUGGGAUUUCAUUUGCUUGUAAAAUUGUAUCCAAGAAGUCAAUUAAAACGGAAAGAACAAAAUUCAAAUUAUUGUCAGAAAUUCAAAUUCAUCAAAACUUAAGAUAUUCUCAUAUUGUAAAAUUUAUGGAUUGUUUUGAAGAUGAAUUGAAUGUAUAUAUAUUGCUAGAAUUAUGUCCAAAUGGGUCUUUAAUGGAUCUUUUAAAAAAAAGAAAAAUCUUGACCGAAGCUGAAGUUAAAUUUAUGACUACACAAGUUUGUGGCGCCAUUAAUUAUAUGCACUCAAACAAUAUUAUUCAUAGAGAUUUAAAAUUAGGUAAUGUAUUCUUCGACAAAAAUUUUAAUAUUAAAAUAGGCGAUUUUGGCUUAGCAGCAACCUUAUCAAAUGUUUCUGAAAAAAAAUAUACAAUGUGUGGAACACCAAAUUAUAUUGCUCCAGAAGUUAUUUUGAGCAAGCAGAUUGGUCAUUCUUUUGAAGCAGAUAUUUGGUCCUUAGGUAUAAUGAUUUAUGCAAUGGUCCUUGGAAAACCACCAUUUCAAGCUAAAGAUGUCACUACCAUAUAUGAAAAGAUUAAAUUGUGUCAGUAUGAGUUUCCACCUGACAAAUAUAUCACUAAUGAUGUUAAAGUAUUAAUUCAAGAUCUGUUGGUAUUAGAUCCCAGCCAAAGACCAAGAAUAAUGGACAUCUUGAAAUAUAAUUGGUUCAAGCAUAGUUUUCCACCAAAACUACCUUCUACUAUAUUUACAGAAGUUCCAUUAUAUUUCAUAGAACUAUCGACAUUGAAUUCUUUAAAGCACUUCAAAAAUUGCUUAAUUUCAUGCCAAUUAAUAGUAGAUCUAUCAAAGAAUAAUAAGACUCCUUUUCAUAAUGUAUUUCUAAAUGAAAGACAGAACAUCAAAAAUAAUCCAAUCAAUACCAAUUUAACUAAUAAUAAUGAUGUCUUACAAUUCUGUGAUACCAGCUUCAAUUCAAAUAAUAAUAAUCAAGUGCGGAAAAGUGAAAAAAUUAGGAAAAUGAAUGAAUUAAAUGAUGACAUAAGAACAAAUGUAUUAAACCCAAUUGGCACAACUAAUUUAAUUAAAUCUCGUAAUGCUAUCAAAAUUUUAAAUAAAGCUUGUCUUGAUACCUUAACAACUUUAUUAAAGAUUGAACAAUACAAUUACAAUAUCAAACUAGAUGAAAUCGAACAAGAUGAAUGGGCUACGCAGAAAAUGCCCAUUAUAAUAACGAAAUGGGUUGACUUGACAACAUCAAGCAUCAAAUCAUCCAUUUUUCACAAUCCUAAAGCUACAGAAAAUUGCUUUAUUUAUCAGUUAUCUACGGAGGAUAUUGGCGUUUUAAAAAGUAAUGGAACUACAAUACUGAAAUUAUUCGAUGUCCCUGAAUAUUGGUUAAUUGAAACUGAUUUUAAAGUAGGUUGGAUAGCAAAACACAAACAAUAUAACGAUAAUUCAAAAAAAAAUACAAAUUACAAUACGACUGUAAGCACUUCAAUGACGACAUCAAAUUCUUUAAAUUCAAAUAAAGAUAAUUUAAAUGACCAGAACCGAAUGGAAGCUAGAACAGAAGAGAUAAAUACCAAAAAAAAUAUGGUUUUUGUUGAGAAAUAUGAAGAAUAUAUGAAUAAAAACUUAACAAGAGUCUCGACAUUUGUUAAACAAAAAUACCAUAAGGAUGAUAUCUUUUUAAGAAGAUUCACCAGAUGUAAAGAAUUCGUAAUGUUUGAAUUAAGUGAUUGCGGGUUCCAAUUUAAUUUUAAAGAUCAUUUUAAAAUAGUAUUAUCAGAUAAUGGCCAUAUUAUAUCAAUAAUUACACCAAAACAAGAUUCAUUUGUAUUAAGUACAAAACAUUUUUUGAGUGUAGCAAAAUAUUUGAAUGCUAAUCCUAAAUCGACUAACUUGGAAACUGUUUAUUUAAAUACAAUCUCGUAUGGGAGCUGCUCACAACAGGAAGUUAAAAAUAAAUUAAAGAAAUUAAAAUUCAAUCAACUUAAAAUAUUAGAAAAAAUUGAAAUGAUCAAAAACAUAUUGAAUCAAAAAUCGCAUGGUACUAUAUAA